AUGGAGCUCUCUCUCCUUUUUCUUCCAGGUGCUGGUCUGCUGGACUAUGAGGAUGACAGAGAUUUUUCUUCUCCAAGAUCUAAAAGAGGAAGAGGAUUCCGGAAUUUAUACUCAACAAAAAGUGACAUUUCAUAUGAUGAUCGAGAGGGAUACAACAGAAAUUACAGUGACAUUUAUUUCUCAAAGUUCUUGUCAAUUUUCAUCAUAGGUGAUACAAAUGACUUAAAAGCAACUCCAGAACCUUUAUCUGGCACUGUAGGACCCAUAACUGGAACUAUUGGCCCAAUAAUGCAAUUCACAGCACCUAUUCCGGGAGCUACAGGACCUAUCAAGCUCUCUCAAAAGACCAUUGUGCAAACUCCAGGACCUAUUGUACAAUAUACUGGACCCACUGCUGAAACUUCAGAAAUGACCUCGGGACCAACUCCUCAUGCAGUCAAUGGACCAGCUCCACAAGCCCUCACUUGUCCACCUUCAAUGCUCAGGGGUCUGCCCCUGGCACCCAUAAUGAUUUCACAGAGAACCUCAACAAGACCUGAAAAAUCUAAAGUAAGGCAAGAACCACCAACACAUGUAGCAGUACCUAUCAUUACUCCAGUACCUAUUGUAAUUGGUCCAGUGGCAGCUGUGGACAGUUCUGGAAAAGUCACACUAUCUCCUAUGGUUAUAUUUCCAGGUUACAUGGAUGGAGAACUUAUUAAAAAAUCAGAUUCCAAAGCCCAGAUUCUAAAAAGUGGAAGCACUACAAAGUUUCAGAGUAGCCAAGAAAAAAAGAAGGAAGAACUACAGAAGAAAAUCUCGUUUACAGAUUCUGAUGAAGUUGUAAUAGCAGAGCACAAAAAAGAAUCAAGCAGUUCCCAAGAUGUUGAGUUGCAGAAAGGUAAGAUAGAAAUGGGGGUCAAGGAAAAGGACAGUAAUGCUGAGAUAAGGAAAAGACAAGAAUUCCAAGAAAAAGUGAGAGACUUGAAAAUGCCAAGAGAAGCAGCAGCCCAGGUAGAGAAGAGUGAGGCUGAAAUACUGCAAGGACAGGAAGCCAAAGCAGAGAAGAAUGAGGCCGAAACAACACAAGGACAGGACGCCCAAGCAGAGAAAAGUGAAGUCAAAAUACCAAAAGGACAGGAAGCCCAAAUAAAGAAAAGUGAAGCCGAAAUACCACAAGGACAGGAUGCCCCAGUAGAAAAGAGUGAGGCCAAAGUACCACAAGGACAGGAAGCCCAAGUAGAGGAACGUAAAGUUGAAAUACCACAAGGACAGGACACCCAAGCAGAGAAAAGUGAAGCCAAAAUACCAAAAGGACAGGACGCCCAAGUAGAAAAGAGUGAGGCCAAAGUACCACAAGGACAGGAAGCCCAAGUAGAGGAAAGUAAAGCUGAAAUAUCACAAGGAAAGGAUGCCCAAAUAGAGAAAAGUGAAGCCAAGAUACCAAAAAGACAGGAUGUCCAAGUGGAAAAGACUGAGGCCAAAGUUCCACAAGGACAGGAAGCCCAAGCAGAGAAAAGUGAAGCCAAAAUACCAAAAGGACAGGAAGUCCAAGUAGAGAAAAGUAAAGCUGAAAUACCACAAGGACAGGACGCCCAAACAGAGGAAAGUGAAGCCAAAACACCAAAAGGACAGGGGCCCAAAGUGAAGAAGAGUGAGACCAGAAUACCAAUAGGGCAGGGGUCCCAAGUAAAGAAGAGAGAGACCAGAAUACUAAAAGGACAGGGGUCCCAAGUAAAGAAGAGUGAAACUAGAAUACCAAUAGGACAGGGGUCCCAAGUAAAGAAGAGUGAAACUAGAAUACCAAUAGGACAGAGGUCCCAAGUAAAGAAGAGUGAAACUAGAAUACCAAUAGGACAGGGGUCCCAAGUAAAGAAGACUGAGACCAGAAUAUCAAAUGGACAAACGGCCCAAGAGAAGGAGAGUUCAGAAGACAAAGAAAAGCAGGACAAUGAAAAGAGAGAUAUAGGGAAAGAUAAAGAAGAAAAUGGUGCCAAAAACAAGAAUGGUCAUGGAGAAAAGGACAAAGUUCAAGGAAAGAAUAACUUGACAAUCAAGGAUAAAAAAGUGGAAACUUCACAAAGGCGCAAAACCAAGUAA